AUGUUGUUGAGGAAAAAGGACUCCAAAUUUGCAGUGGAUGAAACAGAGUAUAAGACUCCAUGUCACCUUACUUUGCAGGUGUGGGAUAACGACACAUUUUCAAAAAAUGACUUUUUAGGCAGUUUGACAUUAGAGUUGUCUCGGCUGAAGCGUGGUGCAAAAACUUCUAAAAAGUGCAACUUAAAGCUUUUGGAUAAAAGAGCACCAGUUAUAAACUUGUUCAGGAUAAGAAGAACUAGAGGCUGGUGGGUGUUCAAAAACUACCAUCAAAAAACGGGUACUAAUAUUUGUGCUGGAAAGGUAGAAGCAGAAAUGGAAGUGGUAACACAAGAAGAAGCGUUGUUAGAUCCAGUUGGCUUGGGUAGGCGAGAGCCACAAGCCCUUCCACCGCCCAACCGUCCCGAUGCGUCAUUCCUAUGGUUCAAGAAUCCCUUAAAAUCACUGAAGCUCCUCGUGUGCCGACGUUAUAAAUGGAAGAUGAUAUGCUGUCUUUUGAUAGUGUUUGGUGUCCUUUUUCUCGCAUCAACUUUGUACUCGCUACCUGGAUACACUAUUAAGAAGAUGCUUAGUGUUUAGGACAUGUGUGUCAACGUAAUCUCGUCAGCAGUAAUAUUUGUCUCAAGCUGAAAAUACCUAGCAUACCAACAUUUACAGAGUAUUCGAAACUUGGUUCUCACCAACAGAAUCUCAGAAACGGUAAGAUCUGAGUCAGUUAAAUGAGGCCAAAGUUGCGCAUCCAGGUUUGACUUCAAAAUAAACUGCACGUUAAUAUUGCCACCUUUUUCGCUCUAUGAAGUGGUGUAAUUAGAAUCUUAAUACGAAGUUUUGUCUUGUCUCUUCAAUCAUCAACUUUAGUUGCUAUUUUAAACGCCAUAUUAAAUGUAUUAGAAUGUAGAAAUAUUAAAAAUAUAGAUUUACU